GGAUUGGGUGCAUUGGCCGAUUUCGUCCGUUUUGCCCAUGGAAACGCAAUUUUUUCUCCCCUUACUCGCUACAUCAUACACCCCCCCCCUCCGGUCCAAUUGACCCCAGUAAUGAAGGACGGGGAGAGGGGACUAAUCAUGACAGGGUGGAUGUGGUAGUCGUACUCUCGUAGUGGAUGGGCUUAAAGAUCGAGGUACUUUUCUAUAUCCCGCUGGCUAGUCGAUUUAAAAUCAAAGCACAUCCUUCUCUCCUACUAUCCAUUCUCAUUCUUCUCGUCCUCUGUUUCUGGUCUGUUCGUCGUUGUCUUUCUCCGAGUAACACCUGUGCAAUCGUUGACCCCCACGAUUGCGUGCUCCAACUUCUGUUUUCUUUUACAAAACCCCGAGAAACGACUCGGUUUUUGACAUUCUCCUUCAUCCUCCUCCCUCCUCAACACCACAAAAACUUCACAUCACAAUGGCCAACACUCCUCACGGUGGUGUCCUUAAGGACCUCUUCGCUCGCGAUCUGCCUCGCCAGGCCGAGCUCGAGGCUGAGUCUCAGAAGCUCCCUGCUCUUACUCUCAGCGAGCGACACCUUUGCGAUCUUGAGCUGAUCCUCAACGGUGGCUUCUCUCCUCUCGAAGGUAUGCGCCUCUUGUUUUAUUCGAGAAGGUCUUUUGCUUCCCCCGCCGUGAUGAUGGGGGGGGGUUGACUUCGGUGCCCCGCCCCCGCAUCUUCCGGCUCCGGCGGGCGCUUUGCGACGGCGGCGAUUCUAUCAUGAGUGAGAAAGAAUAGCGAUUGACUGGUUGUUUUAUAGGUUUCUUGACUGAGAAGGACUACAAUGGCGUCGUUGAGAACAACCGUCUCGCUGACGGCGCCCUCUUCUCCAUGCCUAUCAACCUCGAUGUUGACCAGGCCCAGAUCGACCAGCUCGGUAUCAAGGCUGGUGCUCGCAUCACUCUCCGCGAUUUCCGUGACGACCGAAACCUUGCUAUCCUGACUGUCGAGGAUGUCUACCGACCUGACAAGGUCAACGAGGCCAAGAAGGUCUUCGGCAGCGACGAUGACACUCACCCCGGUGUCAAGUACCUCUUUGACACCGCUAAGGAGUUCUACAUUGGUGGUAAGCUUGAGGCUAUUAACCGUCUCGAGCACUACGAUUUCCUCGACCUCCGAUUCACUCCCUCUGAGCUCCGCGCUCACUUCAACAAGCUCGGCUGGCAAAAGGUCGUCGCUUUCCAGACCCGAAACCCCAUGCACCGAGCUCACCGUGAGUUGACGGUCCGCGCCGCCCGCUCCCAGCAGGCCAACGUCCUGAUCCAGCCCGUCGUCGGUCUCACCAAGCCCGGUGACAUUGACCACUUCACCCGUGUCCGUGUCUACAAGGCUCUCCUGCCCCGAUACCCCAACGGCAUGGCUGCCCUCGCUCUUCUGCCCCUCGCCAUGCGAAUGGGUGGUCCCCGUGAGGCUCUCUGGCACGCCAUUAUCCGAAAGAACCACGGUGCUACCCAUUUCAUCGUUGGCCGUGACCACGCCGGUCCUGGUAAGAACAAGCAGGGCAAGGACCACUACGGUCCUUAUGAUGCUCAGGUCCUCGUCCAGGAGCACCAGGAGGAGCUUGGUAUCAAGAUGGUCGAGUUCCAGGCCAUGAUCUACCUCCCCGACUCCGACGAGUACCUCCCCAUCAACGAGAUCCCCGAGGGCACUCGCACCCUCAACAUCUCCGGUACUGAGCUCCGACACCGUCUCCGAACCGGCAAGGAGAUCCCCGAGUGGUUCUCCUACCCCGAGGUCGUUAAGGUUCUUCGCGAGGAGAACCCUCUCCCUGCCGAGAAGGGUUUCACUGUCUUCAUGACUGGCUACCAGAACAGCGGAAAGGACCAGAUCGCUCGUGCUCUUCAGGCUACACUCAACCAGGGUGGUGGUCGCCCCGUGUCCAUGCUUCUCGGUGAGAACGUGCGACACGAGCUCUCUCCUGAGCUUGGCUUCACCCGCAAGGACCGUGACCUCAACAUCCAGCGCAUUGCCUUUGUUGCCUCUGAGCUGACCAAGGCUGGUGCCGCUGUCAUCGCCGCUCCUAUUGCUCCUUUCGAGGAGGCUCGUAAGGCUGCCCGCGACCUCGUUGAGAAGUCCGGACCCUUCUUCCUUGUCCACGUUGCUACUCCUCUCGAGUUCUGUGAGAAGACUGACCGCAAGGGUGUCUACGCUGCUGCUCGCCGUGGUGAUAUCAAGAACUUCACCGGUGUCGAUGACCCCUAUGAGGCCCCUGCCAAGCCCGACCUCGUUGUUGACCUCGAGAAGCAGAACGUCCGAUCCAUUGUGCACCAGAUUGUCCUGCUCCUCGAGAGCAACGGUCUCCUUGACCGCCUGUAAAUGAUGAUUUUGGAGGAAUUAUCUCGGGAUACAGCCGAGGGAGAUACCCGCAAGCUACAACUACCUACGGCUUCAAUGCGCAUGGGUGGCGUGGCUAAAAGCAGCGUCACGGUAUGAACAUUUAUUAUACCGCUCGCUCUACGAAAAUUUGCAAAUAAUAGCGCAAGUGAUAAACGGAAUUGGCGUUAAUUUGAAUGAGACGGAUGGUGAAAAGAAGCGCGAACGUGGUGAAUUAAUUACACAACGUUCCUGGAUCAAUUACGACGAAGAUGUACCGGCAUAGAUUAGGAUCGAUACAAUGAAGAUCAUGAUGAAACUAUUUUCAGAAGCGAGCAUAUGCAAGUGAUACGUGGGCUGCGUACUCGGCGGCCUAUCACGAAUGAUAGUGUGACGCUUGUCAGUUGUGUUAGGCUGUGAAUGGAUGUUGCAGGAACCCGUGACAGUUUGAGCGCUUAAUCAAUCGUUGGUUGAAGGAUUGGGCAGCACCGCUAAGAAUUGAGUGAGAAUAUGGGCCGUUAAGAUGGAGAUUGAUGCGUGGCAGCUGUGGAUGGAGAUGAGAUAUUAUUUCUGAGUCAUGUGAAUUUAGUCUAGCAAAGGCACCGUUUUGCAUUAUUCAAGGAAUGAUAUUAACGCAAAGGCCUCUGUCACACAUUCUCAUGUUCUAAAUAUGGCUUCCAUAUGCUUCUACCAGGGGGUGACAGGCGGUU